GUGGCGGCUUGUUUGCUGGCUAAAUCUCACCGCAGUAAAUCCCUUUUAGCUGCGAGGUUGACAUGGCUUGACGGACGGCAACUUUCAGGAAAUACAACAGGUGGACGAGCCGACGCUCAGUUGACUGGAGGAAUGCCGUCAGGCGUCACCAUGGACGACACCAGGCUGAAUGACUCCAACGUUAAGGUUGCCGUUCGUGUGCGACCGAUGAACAGAAGAGAAAAAGACCUUAAGGCAAAAUGUGUGGUAGAAAUGGAAGGGAGCCAAACAAUAUUGAACCCCGCCAUGACAACUUUGAGCAAAGGAGACCCACGGAAUCAACCAAAGGUUUUUGCCUAUGAUCACUGUUUCUGGUCCAUGGAUGAAUCCCAGAAAGACAAGUUUGCAGGUCAAGAAGUAGUGUUCCAAUGUCUUGGAGAGAGUUUGCUAGACAACGCCUUCAUGGGAUACAACGCCUGCAUUUUUGCUUAUGGGCAGACAGGUUCUGGAAAGUCGUACACCAUGAUGGGUUCCGCAGAACAACCUGGUCUCAUCCCUCGCCUCUGCAGCUCCCUGUUCUCCAGGACCAUACAGGAGGCUCGAGAGGGUGAGAGCUUCACUGUGGAAGUUUCCUACAUGGAAAUUUACAACGAGAAGGUCCGUGACCUGCUGGACCCUAAAGGAAGCCGGCAAGCACUGAGAGUGAGGGAGCACAAAGUCCUGGGUCCUUAUGUGGAUGGGCUUUCUCGUCUGGCUGUGGCUAACUACAAGGAUAUUGAGUCUCUUAUGUCAGAGGGAAAUAAAUCUCGCACAGUGGCCGCCACCAACAUGAACGAAGAGAGCAGCCGAUCUCAUGCUGUGUUUAACAUCACCCUCACACACACACUAAUGGACCUGCAGUCAGGGACAAGCGGAGAAAAGGUGAGCAAACUGAGUCUGGUGGACCUGGCAGGAAGUGAGCGUGCAGCCAAGACCGGGGCAGCUGGUGAAAGACUGAAAGAAGGCAGCAACAUCAACAAAUCUCUAAGUACAUUAGGUUUGGUUAUCUCAGCAUUGGCCGACCAGGGUGCAGGGAAGAAUAGGAACAAAUUUGUUCCCUAUAGGGACUCUGUGCUGACCUGGCUACUCAAGGACAGUUUGGGGGGUAACAGCCGCACCGCCAUGGUAGCUACCAUCAGCCCAGCCGCAGACAAUUACGAUGAGACGCUGUCCACCCUGCGUUACGCCGACCGCGCCAAAAGCAUCGUGAACCACGCUGUUGUGAACGAAGACCCCAACGCCAGAAUCAUCAGAGAGCUGCGAGAAGAAGUGGAGAAGCUGAGGGAGCAGCUCACUGAAGCUGAGUCGAUGAAGGCACCUGAGCUGAAGGAGAGACUAGAGGAGUCGGAGAAGCUGAUCCAAGAGAUGACUGUGACGUGGGAGGAGAAACUUAGGAAGACUGAAGCUAUUGCACAAGAGCGACAGAAGCAACUUGAAAGUUUGGGAAUUUCGCUGCAGUCGUCCGGCAUCAGAGUCGUGGAUGACAAGUGCUUCCUGGUCAAUCUGAAUGCCGACCCUGCCCUCAACGAGCUGCUGGUCUACUACCUGAAGGAGCACACGCGUGUGGGUUCAGCCAAAUCACAGGACAUCCAACUUUGUGGGAUGGCCAUUCAAGCCGAGCACUGCGUCAUUGAUAUCACGCUCAACAACGGCGUGGUCAUCACGCCUCACUGCAACGCUCGAACGUGGGUGAAUGGCGCUGUCGUCACCAGUCCUGUGCAGCUUCAUCACGGCGAUCGCAUCCUAUGGGGGAACAACCACUUCUUCAGGAUCAACCUGCCCAAGCAUUUAGUCCAUACUGGGAGCGAGGAGGAGGAGAGUGGGUCUAGAAUGAAGACCAGCUUAAGUGCAGACCACCUGGAGGUGGACAUCGAUACAUCUAGUGAUGUCUCUAGUGAAGUCGGCUUUGAGUUCGCUCAGGCUGAAGUCAUGAUGAAAGGAAUGGCCAGCAACGAUCCCUUGCAGUCGGUGUUGCAGACCCUGGAGAGGCAACACGAGGAGGAGAAACGCUGCGCCUUGGAGCGCCAGAGGCUGAUGUACGAACAGGAACUGCAGCAACUUCGCUUGCGGCUCAAUCCUGAAAGAUCUUCUCAUUUCCUGGAAGUGUCAGGAUCUCCGCCCAACGCCGCUAACGUUAGUGGGACAUCACCGGGUUCCCACAAACGCAUGCGGCGAUGGAGCGAAGACAGAGAGGCAAUGAUUACUCGAAGCCUUCGCCGUCUCAAGGAGCAGAUCGUUCGCGCCAACCUGUUGGCUCAGGAGGCCUGUUUUAUUACAGAGGAGCUCAACAAGAGAACCGAGUACAUGGUCACUUUGCAGAUACCUGCCGCCAAUCUGGAUGCUAACAGGAAGCGUGACAUGGUGCUGAGCGAGCCAGCCAUUCAAGUACGCCGCAAAGGGAAAGGGAAGCAGAUCUGGGCGAUGGAGAAGAUGGAGAAUCGUCUGGUGGACAUGAGGGAGCUCUACCAGGAGUGGAAGGACUUUGAUGAAGAUAAUGCUGUCAUGCGGUCUUAUUUCAAACGGGCUGACCCUUUUUUUGACGAGCAAGAGAACCACAGUCUGAUUGGGGUGGCCAAUGUUUUCCUGGCAUGUUUGUUCUACGACGUCAAACUGCAGUAUGCCGUUCCCAUCAUCAACCAGAAAGGAGAGGUGGCGGGUCGGCUUCAUGUGGAGAUGUGGCGAGGAACCGAAGGUUCAGACAAGGAAGGUUCCCAGCAGAGUAUCACCGAUGGCGAUGCACAAGAACGGAAACUGAAAUGUGUGGUGAAAAUUCUCCAGGCCACUGGUCUUCCUCGUCACCUGUCCAACUUCGUCUUCUGCCAGUAUCACUUUUGGGGUCAAAAGGAGCCGAUAUUCAUUGCUCCGGAAAUGGCAUCAUCCGCCUCGCCAGCUGACUCCAGGGACCCUCAAUGCACAGUUGUUUUUGAUAGCUGCAAGGAGUUGUCGGUGCCCGUGUCGGAGGACUUCCUGGAGUAUUUGUCAGAAGGUGCGGUGGCUAUUGAGGUGUACGGUCACAAGCAGGCCAACCAUCGGCGUAACCUCGCCCUGUGGGACCUGGGUGUGAUUCAGGCCAAGACCCGUUCACUCAGAGAGAGGUGGAGCGAGGUGACUCGCCGGCUAGAGUUGUGGGUUCAGCUGAUGGAGCUGAACGACGCUGGCCAGUUUGUACCCGUAGAGGUUCUUCCUGCGAAGGAUGUACGCACUGGUGGAGUCUUUCAGCUAAGACAAGGUCAGUCUCGUCGGGUUCAGGUGGGGGUCUGCUCUGUGCCAGACUCUGGCACGAUGCCCCUUAUCUCCAGCUCCAUCCUUUCCGUGUCUAUUGGCGACGUCAAGGUCCAAAAUACACCAAAAGGAAAGGACUCACAGUUGAUUAUGGCUGAAGAAAUGGACAGCUACCAAGAAGUAGAUUUGGAGAGGAUGAGGAAACAGUGGCUGGCCACUCUGACACAGAGACAGGAAUAUCUGGACCAGCAGUUACAGAAAAUAGUCUCCAAACCAGAUAAAUCUGAGGACGAUUUGGAGCGGGAGUCCCAGCUCCUGGAAUGUCGUCUGACGCUCACUGAAGAGCGCAAUGCCGUUUUGGUGCCGUCAGCAGGCAGCGGCAUUCCCGGAGCGCCGGUUGAAAGAGUCCCUGUUCCUGGAAUGGAAACACACAUUCCUGUCCUGUUCCUGGAUCUUAGUGCGGAUGAUUUCCAGUCCAGCCUUUCAGCUCCUCUCGGCGGGGGGCUAGAUGCGUACCUUGGCGAGGAAUACGAAGACGACUUCUUUGACCUUCACAUUGUCAAACAUUACGAUUCAGAGGUGAAAGUGGAGGCGUCCUGGGACUCAACAGUUCACGAGUGUCCCCAGCUCAGUCGCGUGGCGUCCGGCGAGCACAGAGUCUACCUGACGAUCCGCGUUGUGGUGGAGCUAAGCCACCCCGCCCACAUGCAGCUGGUCCUCAGGAAACGCGUCUGCGUUAAUGUCGCCGGGAGGCAGGGUUUUGCCCAGAGUUUGCUAAAGAGGAUGUCCCAGCGCAGCCUCAUCCCAGGAUGUGGCGUCACCUUUGAAAUAGUCUCAAACAUACCAGGAGACUAUCACGGUCCUGAAGACAGGGAGAUGCUGGCCCGAUUGGCCGCCAGCACAGACGACGACCAGUCAGCCGACAGCGAGGCGGCCAUCGAGAAAUACCUACGCAGUGUCCUGGCCGUGGAGAACAUCCUCACUCUGGACCGACUGAGACAGGAAGUAGCGGUCAGGGAACACCUUGCGGGGAAAGGAAAAGCUCCCAGACGCUGCCUCAGCUCGCCGAACGUCAAUCGGGGCUGGGAGAGUCACCAGGAUCUCUCUGCUGCUGCUGCUCCUCCUCCUCAUCAGUCCAGACGCACAAUGCCAACCUCCGUAUCUCACAUCCAGAACCCAGAAACAGACAUAUUUUUUGGGUCUGCUGUAUCUUAUAUUCCUCCAGUGAAGGCCAUGCCCAAGCUCCUCAAGUCACUGCUUCCUGGUGGCAAAGAAGAUAUGGGAGACCAGGCGACUCUCCAACAGCAGGUGGUCGGUCCUGUGCAGCAGCCGGCCAGGAUUUGCGUGUUUGACCUCCUCUCUGCUGCUCAUAAAGUGCCUCAUAUCAUGGUGCACUCAGCCAGUGUUGAAGACGGGAUAAGCACAUGGCAUUCGGGUCCCGUGGAUGAAUCCAACCCCCCCGACAUCUCACCAGACAGUCCAGAAGCUUUGCAUUUUCCUUCACCAACCAUCCCAGAGACAGACAACACCAAAGCAUGGAGUGGUUCCAUCUCCACCAGUAUCUCCAUGACGACGACGACGACGCUGUCGGAUGUCUACACGCUGAGCUGGGACCUCCCUCCACUGUCUGGCCACGGCGUGCUGGAUGAAGAGGAGAAAGUGGCACAGGAGUUCUCCGUGAAAUCCGACAGUGAUGUUGGACCAGAUCUUCAGGAGGCAGCUGUAAACACAUCAGAAACAGAUUAUUUGAAUCAGAAUCACCAAAAACCACAUCCAUCCCUGUUAGUGCAGGAACUAGAAGAAGCAGAUCCACUUGUGGAGUCCAAGACUCAGACCAAGACAGCAUCACUGGGGACUGAUUCUGUGGAAUCAAAACAAUUCAGACUGGAGAACCAAACCAAACCAAAAGAUCCUCCAUCAAAAGACUCAAAACCAAAGACCUCUAUCCCGGAAAGUAAGAUGGAUAUCAAAGAAUCCACUAAUCCACAAGUCUUGGACGGAAACUACGAAGCCAAACAAGAUCCAGACCAGAUUCCCCCUUCCAAGUCCUCACCCUCCAAUGGUACCUCCAUCCCGGCUUUGUCUUCAUCCACUGAGGAGGUCCACCUCGAAGCGGUAAAAGCUCCCUCAUCUGCAGUCAACGCCUUCAAGAUCCAAAAGGUUCAGUCGUCAGACCUCAAGUCCUUCCAGCGUAUCCUCGGUGAUCCCGGUCAGACGGAGCAAUCCAAUCCAUCCGAGUCUCUGGAGCUCAUCUUGGACUGUGAGGAAGGAGAAGCAGGCGCUGCAAGUACCCUACCCGAUUGGUUGAAGGAAGGCGAAUUUGUGACGGUUGGCACCAAUAAAUGCGGCACCGUACGCUACGUGGGACCCACAGAUUUUGCACAGGGGACGUGGGUGGGAGUGGAACUGGACGUACCUGCAGGAAAGAAUGAUGGCUCCGUAGGCGGCAAACACUACUUCCGCUGCAACCCCGGCUAUGGAGUACUCGUCCGGCCAGACCGCGUGAACCGUGGCGGGGCCAAACGGCGUCGCCAGCAGCAGAAACGUCGUAGCGCCAACUUGUCUGGAUCCACGUCCAACCUGGCGGCGCUUACGGCUCUAGCUAAAGGUGAGGGCGCGUCCUCAGCAUCGUCACCAUCGUUAUCAACUGGAGAGGACCGCAAGUGCUGACUGAGAAUGCAACGGUUAUCUAAUCUAGAUUAACUAUUUCUACGUUUGUACAUGUACUUUAGCAUUGUGGGGUUUCACUUCAAAAAAAAAAUUGUAUUAUUAUUAUUAUUAUUAUUAUGGUAGACUAAUUUUGGAUGGACUUCUAAGUGUUUUCCUGUGGGUGCCUUGUGGCGCGUUCCAAAUCAACUGUGCACAAAGCGCCUUUUGUAUCGUCUAUCAACACAUUUGUACAGACAAAUGACAUUUAAAAAAAAAAUUGCAAAUCUUUCUUAUCAUAUGUACUUUGACAAAAUGUGUCUUUUUAGUUUAUAAAGUUACCGCACUCAUUUGUUCGACCUUGUGAUCUUACUCCAAUGUAACAUUUCCAACGGAUAAGCAAUAAACUCACUUCCUUUGUGCCAUCUGUUGACAAAAAA